GAUUUAAUUUAUUUGAUUAAGAUUCCGAGGGGAAGUAUAAAUAAAACGUUUUCUGGUAGUUUAAGUUCACUGACAGUUUCUUCUACAAUUUUGGAAUUUGACUUUAUAUAACAAAUGGACUUUGACAUGUUAAUACAAUUGUUUGCUCUUCUUGCCGUCUGCAUCUUUGUGGGAGGUGUGCCCUAUUACGCUUCAAAACAGGUAACACUAUGGGGACAAAGCAAUUGCACCUUGGCUCUUCUAAAUCUUAACUACACUGAUACUGGUAUCUUUGCCGAAACAGAACUUGGACUAAAUUAUACAUUGCCGAAAGAGGGUUUAUGGAUUGGUUUGUAUCAAGCUCCGCUCGGUCUCGCAUACGUCGGUUGCAACAAGAUAAAUAAUAACGGUGCUGUCAUCGUUCACGACAUAAGCGAGUGCAGAUGGAAGAGUGGCUGCAAUACGUUUGCAAUAAGAAAAACUGACAAUGAGGAAAUUGAAUGCACGUGUUUUGACAUUUCGAAAGUUGCCAGGGAAAAGGAAUGUACUUCCACUUGUAACAUAUCGUCAGCAGACGAAUAUAAAUGCGGUCGAGAGAGAAACAGUUAUUUUUCUGUGUACACAGUUGAAAAUGAUACCCAAUGUACUGGUAAUUGCAAUAAUGCAGACAGGAAAUGCCUUAGAUUCAUGCCUUUAUUAAAACAGUUCGUUUGGUGGAGUUGUUCCGUACGGGAGUCAAGGCCCAUGGGAAUAGUUUGCAAUAACAGCCCAUUCACAGAUAACAACGGAACAGUUGAAGCAAUUUCGGAAAGAGCUAGUAAUUAUGCAGACGCAGGAGAAAAAUGCUUCGAAGAAGGGAAGUUCCCAGCCACUUUUGGCCACAUGAAUAUUUCAGACAUACCAGCAGGCAAAACGCACUGGACGGGCAUAAUCAGAAUUAGCUCAUUACUUCGAUUUGAUGAAACCUUUACCACUUACGAACCCAAACAACACGCAUAUGUCGUACCUUGUAGAACGAGGCUUGAUGUUCGGUUCGACGACAGAGGCACUGUAAGACGAAAUAGUCUUUGUGAGACACAGAAUUUGGAAGAAGCAACAGUUACUAAAGCAGAAGGCCAGUCCACAUCCACAUCGGCAAUUCCAGAAACAACUGAGGAUACCAGGACAAAAACAAAAGUUGAUCAACAGGUUCCGGUUGCGGAGAUUUCUGCUAGCGUUUCAAUGGUUGUCGUUCUGGGAAUAUUAAUCGUCAUCUUCGUUAUACUGAGAAAAAGGAGAGGACUACGUUGCUUUGGUAAGAGUAAAUCAACUAUGGCAAACGAAGAAUCACCGAUGCAGUACAUAGAUAUGAAGAACACUGAGCGACAAACACGUGACCACCCAAAGGCUUAUCCAAAUCAAGGUUAUUCCAUGACUGAAAGAUUGCCCAUUUCAACUAUAACCAAUACCCCAGGAAAAGCCCAAAUGAAGGAUUACAGCGUCGAUGUUAACAAGAUGGCUAAUACUGAAAACAAUCCGCAAGAUAUUCAUCAUAUUGCUCACGUGCACAACAACCUCUACCAGGAACCGGAAGAAUAUGACCAUCUAAACCACACAGGCAUCCCAGACGAAAUAACGAUAAACGACUAUGAUUCCACGACCGCUGCAAAAGGUGAAAACAAGUACGACAUAUAUAAUCAUUUAAAUGAACGUCCUCAGCAGAGGACAGAGAAUGUGUACGGAAUGCAUAACAAAAACGAAACUACAGACAUAUAUAGCCAACUGAAUGAACGACCUGAACGGAAACACAUGAUGGAAAACGUUUAUGGGCUGCAAGACAAAAACGAAACUGAAAAUGAAUAUGACAUUACAACUGAAGCACAAGACACGUGCAUGUCGAAGAAAGCUAGUGGUUUUAACUAUGAUAAGGUUAACAAAAACUGGUGAUUAUGAAAUAUGAAUGCGAAAAAUAUCUAUUUAUUACUGGCUUUUGACAGAGUUAUUGUGCACAAUUGUAACACUUCUGAAUUGUAAAUAAAGGGCUUCGUGCAUGUACUUAAUUUUAUGAAUUAAAACAAUGAUUAUCCCACUUGUUUAAAAGCACAAUAUGUUCUUGUUCCUUCCGUAAACACUUUUUAAGGAUUAAAAUUCGACAUGUUGCAUUUCAUUAGGGUAUGGUUUGCAAUGGGGCUGUUCAAAAUGGGUGGAGUUCGAAGGAACUUUUUGAACAUGUCGAAUUUUAAUACUUAUAUUUACAUUUAUUUAUAUCUACAUUUCUGCUAAAAUGAAUUGAUUAUUCAAUA